AUGGGUCAGGGAAAGCUUGUUUUAGUUUGCUUGGUCUUGGUCAAGGUGUUGCUGAUCCAUGCAAUGGCUGAUCAUCAGUCCCAGGUGAAACCUUCAGAGGUUUACAGGGUUCAUGAAAAGGAGGAUGAACCAGGUUGGGUGAUCUCUAGAGAAGCAGAUGAUCGUGAGCCUGUUCAAAGUCCAGCCGCGUCGUCUGAAACGCCAGAGAUCAGAAGGCUGGGAAAGCAUCGUUCAUCAGACAUGUCAGUGGCCGGUGGUGGUGUCAUCAUCGGUGGAAUUUUUUUCAUUGCUAUUUUCGCUUCUGUUUUUGCCUACAUCCGAGUUACAAGGAAAAGGGUUGACGUUAAACACUAA